AUGGCGGAUCAUGAGGCAUAUGCGACCUCAAUCAGCAGCAGACUCCGGUCUCAGAUAACUCGGAGACACGUCAACAUUGACGCUCUGAUUGAAGGACCUCUAGUUCAUCUCGACGAUGCCGAACUGGAAGAGGAUAUCCGAAACUUUGCUCCCAGUCUACCAGGAGUCAACCCGAGAGACAUAUUGAGAGCUGCUCUUGUAGCGAGGGAAAUAAGGGCAUACACUGAUGAAAGUCUCCAAGCAGGCCUUCCAAUUCACCUUACUGAAGAGGAGAGAAAGGCACUCAAGGAAGAGAAGGAGAAAACCUUUUCCCAAAGCGGUCUGAAAGUCGUGGUCACCAGCGUCGCUCUUGCCGCCCUUCUCCAGGGCAGCGUUCAAGCUUCCAUCAAUGCUGGGAGCAUAUUUGCCACUGUGUUGGACCUCCCGCCCUCAACCCAGGAAUGGAGGCUUGGUGGUAUGAAUGCGGCCCCUUACCUGGCUGCUGCGGUCUUGGGCGCUCCAUUGUCACUUCCUCUGAACUACUGGAUGGGAAGGCGCGGCGCGAUCGCAGUGGCAGCUUGUUUGAUAUUCGCGAGUUCUCUGGCUUCUGCUUUUGCGAAAACGUGGUAUCAGCUGUUAGGCAUCAGGAUUGUCAACGGCGUUGGUAUGGGAAUCAAGGCCAUCAGCACUCCGAUUCUCGCUUCUGAGACUGCCGUGGACCAGUGGAGAGGGUCUUCUGUUCUCAUGUGGCAGUUAUGGGUUGCUUUCGGUAUCAUGAUGGGAAAUGUCGUUAAUCUCAUUCUCGUCGCCGCGGCUGGAGCUCUGGAUUUCCCAGUUCGGCUAAGUGAGGGGCAAAACCCUCAGUUAGAUCAAGGGCCCAAAGGAAAAUUAGCUCUCCAACUAAUCCUAGCUGCUCCGAUGGUGCCGGCUCUACUUACACUAGUUGCUCUGUCAUACUGCAUGGAAAGUCCACGGUUCUACAUGCAGAAGAAUACGCCAAACUACCGUCCCCAGCGAGCUUAUGAAAUAUUGAGCAAAGUUCGCAACACUCAGCUCCAAGCCCUCAGGGACAUUUACCUCAUCCACAAAAACAUCGAGCUUGAAGACGACGAUGACGAUCUCGAACAGUCAAAGGCUCCAGCGCACAACCGAAAGCGAGGACUCACGUUCGCAAGUCAUCUGUCAUUUGCCUUGUCUGAUACCUUCCGACAAUACAGCCACCUCUUGAAGACUCCACGGUUGCGCAACGCUGUAUGGAGUACUUGCACUGUUGCUUUGGCACAACAGCUGUGCGGUAUCAAUGUCUUUGCCUUUUAUUCAAACGACUUCUUCAUCCGGAAGGAAAGCACUCCCAGGAUUGCUUUGCUCUACAGCAUUGGAUUCGUAUUCGCUGCCGUGUACUCGCCAGGCUUAGGGCCAAUUCCUUUCACACUUGCAUCUGAGAGUUUUCCUCUGUCCCAGCGUGAAUCUGGCUGUUCGGUUGCCAUUUCGGUGAAUCUCUUCUUCGCUGGAGUUUUUACAAUCGUGUUCCCGUCGAUCAACAGCGAGUUGGGACCUGCGGGGGCGCUUGCCCUGUUCUCCGGUCUCAACGUUGUGGCCUUCAUUUUGGUUUUCCUCAUCGUUGAAGAGACAAAGCAGAUCAGUCUGGAGGAAUUGAGCCUCAUCUACGCUGUUCCAAAGACGAAGUUCAUGACGUAUCAGCUUACGAAGUAUUUGCCCUAUCUGUGGAAGAGAUAUAUCACACGAAGUUGGGGAGACAGGGAGCCUCCUAACUUUUACACGACUGUAGUUGAGCCGUAUGUGUACGAGCUGAGGGAUCUUGGAGGAGAGUCGACGACAAAUGAGUAG